UGCCUUUAUUUGCAGCCUGAUAAAGGCCUGGAUGAACGCAGCAAGGCUCAGCACUCUCCGUUCCUCUCCUCUUGUGUUCUCCCCAGCAGCCACCCCAGGAGCCCUGUGGCCAUGACGCAGCUGCUUCUGCUCACUGUGGCUCUCCUGGUCCUGGCUCAUGUGCCACCAGGGAGAAGUGAAUUUAAACGGUGCUGGAAGGGUCAAGGAAUCUGCCGAACUUUCUGCACAAGGCAAGAAUCCUAUAUGCACCUGUGCCCGGAUGCUUCCCUGUGCUGUCUCUCCUACGUUUUUAAGCCUCCACCAGCCCCCAAGCCUGAAUAUGAUUAGCUGGUUCUGGGGCUGGCACACUCGCUGUCCAAUAAAACACGUGCUGCC